GGGCCUUUCCUUUCGCAUCUUCCUUCCGCACGGCGCCCUGUUUCAAUCUUAUUUCAUUUCUCCCCCCCAGAAAAUUCUUGUAUUUGUUCCAAAUCUCUCGGAAUGACUCUGCAAGCAAUCAAAUAUAAUGGUGGCAAUCUUGCCAUCAUUGAUCAGCUACAGCUUCCACAUGUAGAGAAAUACGUUACAAUACAUACAAGUGAAGAAGGCUGGCAUGCAAUCAAGGAGAUGCGAGUGCGAGGAGCACCUGCGAUUGCUAUAGUAGCGGCCCUCUCACUUGCAUCAGAGCUCACUACCCUAAUGGCUUGCAACAAAUUAUCUUCGAAUGCUAUGGAGGCACAGACUUUUAUCACAGAGAAGUUACACUAUCUGGUGAGCAGCAGACCUACAGCAGUCAACCUUAGUGAUGCAGCUGGAAAACUGGAGACCAUAGUGGCAGAAAGUGUUAGGAUGCCUGGAUCCACAGGCCAUGCUGUUGCUACUGCGUUUAUCCAAGCUGCCGAAGCAAUGCUAGUGAAAGAUGUUGAAGACAAUAGAAAGAUUGGAGAGUAUGGUGCCAAAUGGAUAUCAGAAAAUGCUCUAUCCGAGAACAGUACUAAGGCUACGGUUCUUACACAUUGUAAUACAGGUUCUCUCGCGACUUCGGGGUUCGGGACAGCCCUGGGGGUAAUUCGUGCACUCUAUUCGACCAAAACCUUACAACAUGCCUAUUGCACCGAAACGAGACCAUACAACCAGGGCUCCCGUUUGACAGCAUUUGAGCUCGUUCACGACUGUAUUCCUGCUACGUUAAUAACAGACUCAAUGGCAGCUGCAUUGCUCGCUAGACCCGAGAUAGGCGUGAAUGCAAUUGUGGUGGGGGCAGACAGGGUAGCAGCUAAUGGCGAUACCGCAAACAAGAUUGGUACAUAUGGUCUUGCUGUGCUUGCAAAGCACCAUGGUGUGAAAUUCCUCGUGGCUGCACCGCUCACGACUAUCGACCUAGUCACCAAGUCGGGGAAUGAAAUUACUAUCGAGGAGCGGCCCGCAUCCGAGGUUACUAGGAUUAGAGGCACCUGCGAAGAUGGUGGUGUCUCCGAAGCCGUGAAGAUGGAAACCGUAUGCAUAGCAGCAAAAGGGAUCAAUGUUUGGAAUCCAGCAUUCGAUAUAACCCCCGGGGCUCUUAUCGAUGGUAUUAUAACUGAAAAGGGAGUGGUGGAAAAGGACUCUGAUGGAUUAUUUCACUUGGAGGAGCUGUUUAAAGCCUGAGAAGUAACUGAAGCCCCACUGUUGUCGUGGCAAUUAGUCUCUCCUGUCGUGGGCUGUGGUUGGCGUGUCUCCUCAAAGCCAUUGAGUAGUUCGUCAAUUUUGCGUUCCAGGCUGCUUAGGUGAUUCUCCAGCGCUAGAGCGGUUUUUUCGCCCUUGGAGAUAUCAUUGAAGGCUUGCAUGAUGUUCGAGUUAUUUUGAUUUUCUUCCUCGUGCGACAUGGCUCUAGUCAAACCACUGGACCGUAUUUGUAAAUGUUGAGGGGAAAUUAC